CUUUAGACUGAAAGCCUAAUUGGAAGUUUAGAAUUAUACUCUAUAGUUCAAUUUAAUUAUUUUUAAAUUUACAAAAUGUUCUCAAAAUUGAUCGUUGUUGCUCUUAUCUCAGUUGCAGUUGCUGCUCCUCAACACCACACAGCUGCUCAAUUCCCAGCUGGAGUUGAUCCUUCAAAAUGUCCAGGUUUCCCAAUUUGUGAUAAUGCUCUUCUGCAUAACCAACAGCCAUCAGCCAGUUGGAGUACUCCAGCUCCAUCAUGGAAUCAACAACCGUCACAAUCACAAUGGGAACAACCUCAACAACAGUGGAACCAACAACCUCAACAGCAAUGGAAUCAACCUGAACCUCAACAACACUGGAAUCAGCCACAAUCUCAACCACAAUGGAAUCAGCCCCAACCUCAGCAACAAUGGAAUCACCAACAACCUGCCGCAUAUCAGGCUCCAUCAAACCAUUUAUCAAGUGACGAAAUAUCCGGUGCUGGUGGUGAUAAAUACCCAGCUGGAGUUGACCCAAAAAGCUGUCCCAACUAUCCAUACUGUGAUGGUGCUGCCAGUCAUAAUGCUGCUGCUCCAGCUACUGCUGCUCCACCACUACAAGGGUACAAUGAGAGGCAAUACCCAGCUGGAGUAUCACCUCACUCCUGCCCUAACUUCCCAUACUGCAACUAAGGAUUAUAAUGUUAUUUUAAUUUGUAGACUUCCUAUCCUUAUGUAUAAAGCAUCAGACCUUAGAAUACUUAGAUCCAUUAUUUAAAUGUCCUUAUCCUUUUCAAGUUCACAUUUCUUCACUUAAUAUGCUGAUCGAUUAAU